UCCUUGUCGUGGUCCCGUUUCAUUCACCCCGUGCUGCUCUGACCCCGAGAAUAUUGCCCUGGCACUGAGACUAUUGCCCGGGCACCCUCCUCUUUCUGGCCGCAAUGCCCGUGUCGCAGGUACCAGGGACACAGCGUCAUGGGGUUGAAGGCUGGCAGUGAGAAAGGCUGACAGGAGGCGGGGACUCUGGGGGUGCCGAGGACUAUAAAGGGGAACAGCCAUGUGCAGGGAGACCAGUCCAGAAGGAGGUAGGUGUCUGCGCAGUCCAGCACCCCCUUGCUCAAGACACAAGAUGGCCACCGCACACUGCUGCCUCUCCCUGUUUCUCCUGUCCACUUGGGUGGCUCUGCUGCUGCAGCCCCUGCAGGGUGCCUGGGGAGCCCCAUUGGAACCAGUGUACCCAGGGGACUAUGCUACACCAGAGCAGAUGGCCCAAUAUACAACUCAGCUCCGCAGAUACAUCAAUACGCAAACCAGGCCUAGGUAUGGGAAGAGGGAAGAGGUGAACACAGCUGGACUUCCUGGAAUGCAGCUUCCCCUGUGCACCAGCCCCCUGGUUGGCUUGACUCCCUGUUCAGCUCCCUGGAACUAAGGGCAGG